GUUCUAGUUUGUGAUGAUAGAUAGAUAAUUUUGGGUGCAUGUUCUAGUUUGUGAUAUAGAUAAAUAAUUUUGGGUUUUCUCCAAGGUCUUGGAGGUUCUUAUAUAGUAAAGAUUAGUUUUUGGAAUAUGUGUUUUGAUUGUUUCUUUAAUUUUUUUUUUUCAGGUUUCACAUUGGGGUUUGCCAUAUUGUUGUUAAUGAGUUUAAGGGCAAGUUUUAGUUUGUUAUAGAGCUAAAUAAUUUUGGGUUUUCUCCAAGUUCAAAUUUUGAGUGAGGAGGAAGCUCAAUUAAGCUGUGGAAACAAAUGGGAGGUAAUAAAGUGACUACUAGUUCAACAUCCAGUUUAUGGUUAGCUCAAAAUCCUAGCAAGAGAUGGGGUGAAGUGUUCUUUCUGCUUUACACUCCCUUUUGGCUCACCUUGUGCCUUGGUGUUGUCGUCCCGUAUAAGCUCUAUGAGAAUUUUACAGAAUGGGAAUACCUCUUGUUGGGGCUUGUUUCUGCACUUCCUGCAUUAAUUGUACCCAUGAUAUUUGUUGGAAAGGCUGACAAGAGCAUUGCUUGGACGGAUCGUUAUUGGGUAAAGGCUAAUCUCUGGAUAGCAAUUUUCACUUAUGUUGGGAAUUACUUUUGGACCCACUAUUUCUUCACAGUUUUAGGGGCUUCUUAUACAUUUCCAUCUUGGAGGAUGAAUAAUGUACCACAUACAACUUUCCUUCUAGCACAUGUUUGCUUCCUGUUUUACCAUGUCUCAGCAAAUAUGACCCUUCGAAGACUGCAGCAUGCUGUUGCUGAUUUGCCCGAGAAUAUUCAAUGGGCUUUCAAGGCUGGAUGGAUUCUGGCAUAUGCUUAUUUUAUAGCUUAUCUGGAAACAUUAGCUAUUUCCAAUUUUCCGUACUAUGACUUCGUGGACCGUGCAGUCAUGUAUAAAGUUGGCUCAUUGUUUUAUGCGAUCUACUUCAUUGUAAGCUAUCCAAUGUUUUUCAGGGUCGAUGAGAAACCUGGAGAUUUGUGGGACUUGCCAAGAGUGUCCAUUGAUGCUUUGGGUGCUUCAAUGCUUGUUACCAUUUUACUAGACUUAUGGCGGCUUUUUCUCGGUCCCAUUGUUGCAAUGCCAGAAAACAAACAGUGCCUUCAAUCAGGACUCCCAUGGUUUGCCAUGACAUCUUGAAGGCGUGCGAAUCACGAGGUGCAAAGUUAACAGCUUCUGUAAAAUCAGAGUUCUGGUCUGUUCUUGAAAUGAUGUUGACUAUGAUCAGAUUUGGCCCUUGUUGUACUCUGACCAAUUGAUAUUCACUUGUACUCUUCUUGAGCACUAUGUUUUAUUAGCUUGUAAGAAACUGGAAAACAAGUUUUCAUGUAAUAGCAGUUUCAGAUUUCUUGGUGCC